GAAGAACUUCUGAACUUUCUCAUCAUUUCGCCAAGUGUGUGUCGAAUCAACUCUACACGUAAAAUAUCAACAGUCGGAAUAUACGCAGCCUAAUGUUAUCACAGAAAACCGCGGUCCAGCGAGAUUGUUCUCAUUGAAAAAGCUGCAAUCGAGGCUGAGCAGUAGAUGCUAUUGAAAGUGAGUCAAGUAGUGUGUCAAUUUCGUCGGCAUUUGCAUAAAAUGAGUCUGGACGAGGCCAAGAGAAUUGCUGCGUACAAGGCAGUGGAUGAAUUCGUGAGGAGCGGCCAAAUUGUGGGCAUCGGGAGCGGAUCGACGGUGGUCUACGCUGUGGACAGGCUCGCCGAGAGGGUGGCCAAGGAGAAGCUCAACGUGGUAUGCAUCCCAACGAGCUUCCAAGCCCGACAGCUAAUCAUCGGGCACAGGCUGACGCUGAGUGAGCUGGAACUUCAUCCGGAGAUUGAUGUCGUUAUCGAUGGGGCGGAUGAGUGCGAUGAGAAUCUGACGCUGAUCAAGGGCGGCGGAGGAUGUCUACUGCAGGAGAAAAUCGUGGCUGCGUGCUCGAAGAAAAUGGUCGUCGUGGCGGACUUCACCAAGGACUCCAAGACGCUAGGCGAACAGUACAAGAAGGGCAUUCCCAUUGAAGUUGUGCCGAUGGCUUAUGUGCCUGUUCGCAAUCGAAUCCAGAAUCUCUUCGGCGGCAAGCUACAGUUGAGAAUGGCAGUGGCCAAGGCAGGACCCUGCAUCACCGACAAUGGCAAUUUCAUCCUGGAUUGGCACUUCACACCUGGGGAUUAUGACUGGGAGAGGAUUAACAGGGAGAUAAGCAUGAUUCCGGGUGUCGUGGAGACAGGAUUGUUUGUCCAAAUGGCGCAGAAGGCCUUCUUCGGCCAGGCUGAUGGGUCAGUGAAGGAGAAAUCUCUCUAAAUGCCGUGUACUUAUGGAUUUUGUACUCUUUUGGGAAACGUGGGAAAAUAUAAUUCAUGCUGCUCAUGCUAUAA